ACCAGCACUUGGGAUAAUGGCACCCAGUGCGCUCUCCCUGGAAAUCCUAACGCCCAAAGAGAAGAACAGACUCAGGAAACCCAUUGUAGAAAAAUUGCGUCGUGAUCGGAUUAACAGCAGCAUCGAGCAGCUGAAACUGCUCCUGGAGAAGGAGUUCCAGAGACACCAGCCCAACUCCAAGCUGGAGAAAGCCGACAUCCUGGAGAUGACCGUCAGCUACCUGAAAUACAGCCGAGCUUUCGCAGCAUCUGCCAAAAGCCUGCAGCAGGAUUAUUGCGAAGGGUAUGCCUGGUGCCUCAAGGAAGCGCUGCAAUUCCUGUCUCUCCAUUCAGCAAACACAGAAACCCGGAUGAAGCUAAUCUGCCAUUUCCAGAGGUCACAAGCCGUGCCCAAGGACUCUGGUUCUUCUGCACCCGCUUCCACCCACCGGCCCCCGGCAAAACAAGCAGCACUGAAACCUUCCUCCAGCCUCUGGAGGCCCUGGUAGCCCAAGACUGCGCUUAUGUGUUCCCGGACAUUUCCUCGUAUUCCAGAGGAGACCGUGACUUGCUAUACAAGUCCCCCUGCUCCUCGCAGGAUUAGGGAAGAACGUUUUCCUUUUGCAGAGCAUUGCUAUGCUUGGAUGCCUGCUUCCCUUCUUCCAGAAGGACUGAAACCAUCCCACCACGUGGAGAGAAAGUUAUUCUAAAAGAAUGUGAGAUGUAACCCUCCUGCUCGGGGGACUGAGAGUUGUUCAGGGAGGAACGCCGACUGUUCUUAGCCUCGGUGAGGUUGCACGCGUACGUC